AUGUCUUCCCAUGAUACGACUCUACUGCCUUCGGGAACAACCAUAGAGUAUGCUCUAUCGCGGCCGCCUGUUUCUGCUUCGAGUGUAAGUUCAGUUGAAGGCGACUCAGAACCAGCCGAGAGCAAGCUCGCGAUCUGCCUGCAUCCUUGGUCAAGGCUGGGCGGAAGAAUGGACGAUCCCAUUCUGCACAUACUCGUCGGACCGCUGCUUGAAAGGGGCUAUCACGUCCUGCGGUACAACUCGCGCGGAGUCGGCAGGUCGUCUGGAUGGGCAUCUCUGACGGGCAGUCGCGAGGCGCAGGACCUGAAGGAAGUCGUGCAGUGGGCCCUCAGCGUCGUGCCGGCCGUCGUAUCGCUGGUGGUAAUGGGUUAUUCGUACGGCUCGCUGAUCGCGUCUGUCCUUCCCGUCCUUCCGAACGUGAAGACAUCACACGUCCUGCUGUCGUACCCCCUCGGACCACGGCACUGGCUGACCGCUUUCCGGGGCAAGGCUUAUACGAGCGCGCUGCAGGCGCUCAUUCAGGACCCACAUUCGAAUGUCCUUAUACUGUUUGGCGACGACGACGAGUUCACAGAUUCGGAGAGCUACGAGACGUGGUCGAAGAGUCUGUUAGAGGUUUCCGGAGCCAAUGGUGUGGAACGCAGGCUGAAGGUAGUGAAGAUUGACGCUUUCAAGCAUUUGUCGCAGAAAAUGCCGCUGCCAGACGAGCGACCGCGUCAGAGCGUCGCCAAUCUCAUAGGACGCUUCGAGGAGCAGAAUAAGCGGCAGUCUUUCACGUCUCCCAGCGCUUCUCGUCCGUCAAGUGCCGUGUCGUUCGUCGUGGGCGAUGCAGCCAAGGAAGAGAUCAAGGAGAAGCGCGAAUGGCCUCCCAAAUCCAGGCCUGUUCCUUCUACUGUUCCUGUUGAGCCACAGAAUGAAGAGAUGAAGCGAAAGUCUCAGUUGCCGAUCUCUCCACCAGAACCCGCUGCCCUUCUCGUUCGAGAGGCCGCACCCUUUUCCUCAGAGGAUGUGAUCGCUGCGGGACCUGUCCCCCCUCCUUCGGUAGAGACAGCUGUUCCUGUGCCAAAGACAGUACCGCAGCGGCAGUCUUCGAUCGGAGCCGCUCCGCCUGCGCGUACUCCCGUUACUCCGUCGAAGUCUACGCCCGCUAGAAGUGCUGCCGCCACCCGAGCACCUGUUCGUACACCUGCACGGUCCCCGCCAAGUUCGUUUCAGAAUACAUUGUCGGCGUCUACCUCGACACCGAUUACGAGGUCGUCUUCGAACACGCCAGCAGCUGCGGCUAAACCUCGCCCGUCCUCGACAACGCCACACCGUCCACCCGCGCCGACCACUCCAGCUCGCCCCAAGACCCCUUCCGUAUCGCGUCCUAAGACUCCGUCUGCGUCUCGCCCCAAGACUCCCUCUUCGGUAGCGCGACCGAAGACGCCUGCGUCAGGGCUAUUCGCACCUACAGCUGCCUCUCUCGCUAAGGCACGCAACGCGAGUUCUCCCGUACCUCCGACGCCAACCAGGAAGCCAACCGUGGGUCUCGCUACGCUGGAGAGGCUUAGCAAGCCGACUGCCUCGAGCAUCUCUAAGGUGCGCACGCCGACGCUCCCCCCUCCAGCUGCACACGCGAGAGGCGGGAAGGUGUCAGGCAGGGGUGCGGCACCGACAAGGGGGAUGGCUGCCAAGACUCGUGGCGGAGCUGCAGCGAAGGCGCCUGCGAAGAAAGCUGCGGCGCUUGCGACUGUUACUGCUUCCGCAGCGGAUGAGCGCGCUGUGGAGUCGGAGGUCAAGGAGCAUCCCGAGGAGGUCCCGGAGCAUCAACACGAAGAAUCAACGAGCACGCUAGUGGACGAACCCGAGCAUACUGCGGAAUUCACGGAGGAGCCUGAGGUCCAUCACGCGGACGGAUCUGAUAAAGAAGCGAUCGUGCAGGAGGUGCAUGCCAUGGGGGUGGAGGAAGCAAACGACAGACCCGAAGUUACAGCCCCUGUGGACGAUUAUUUGGAUGAACUGUCGCACACUUCCGAGUCAGGGCCGCUCGAGCACAUCACAACAGAGUCAGUUACCGAUGAGGCUGUCCAUGAAACAUUAUCUGAUACGCCCCAUCACGACUCCGAUCACGACUCCGUGCAUGUCGAAGUUACAUCUGAAGUUGCCGAUUUAAAUGAGGAUGAGCAUGUUGAAGGAGAAGUCCACGACCAUAAUCACGAGAAAGGCGACAUUUUUUUCGCUGAUGAUGCCCACGUAAAUGGGAAGACUGGGACGGACGUCGAGGAUAUCGUCAAUCUCCUGGAAACCAAACCCCGACCGGCGAGCAUUGCAAUCAUACCGGAUGAAGUGGCAGAAAUUCCGGACGAAUAUUGA